GUAAAAAAAUCUUUUCGUUGAGCACAGAAAGCUUGACUUGACAGCUGCCGUCUUCCUUCCAUUUUCCUGUAAUACUCCAUUGUUCGGGUCUCCACGUUACACUGUCUCAAUCUAAUGUCGUUUCUUUGAGGUGUAAACUGUAUUUCUUUCUGGGAGUUUGAGGUGGUUCUUGUUCAGUUCUGGGUGUGUUUACUUCCUCUUGCAUUCCCAAGUGUCACUGCAAUUUGUCAGUUGAGGAGAGUCCCAGGAGGCUUCAAAAAGUUCAUGAAAAACUAGAAUUAAGAGAAAAUGCACAUUUCCCAUGAACACUCUUGAAGCCCCUUCAUAUUAAUUUUAUUUAUUGUUCUGGUUUAUUAUGUUGAGAAUUUUCUAUGUGUGAACUCAUGCCUUUUAUCAGUUGUAGGAAAGCCUUAUAGUUCUCUCUCUCUUUAAAGAUUUAUUUAUUUGUAAAGCAGAGUUAGAGAGGAGAGAGAGAGGAAGGGCAACAGAGAUCUUCCAUCCAAAUGGCUGCAGCAGUCAGAGCUGGGCUGAUCGGAGCCAGGAGCCAGGAGCUUGUUCUGGGCCUCCCAUGUGGGUGCAGGGCCCGAGUGCUUGCUUGGGGCAUCCUGCGCUGCCUUCUCAGGUACAUUAGCAGGGAUCUGGAUUGGAAGUGGAGCAGCUGGGAUCCAAACUGGUACCCAUUAUGGGAUGCCGGUGCCACAGGGCCACCCCCAGCAGUUCUCUCUCUCUCUCUCUCUUUUUUUUAAAGGUUUAUUUAUUUAUUUGGAGGAGUUACACACAGAGAGAAGGAGAGGCAGAGAGAGAGAGAGAGGUGUCUUCUGUCCACUGGUUCAUUCCCCAGUUGGCUGCAAAAGUCAAAGCUGUGCCUAUCUGGAGCCAGGAGCUUCUUCUAGGUUUCCCACGCGGGUGCAGGGGCCCAAGGAGUUGGGCCAGCAAUGGCCCUGGCCUUCUCUUAGCUUAUAACUGAUAGAAUUGAGGCACAGGGAUUUUUGAUAUUCCUGAGGGUAUAUAAGUGCUGUCACUUUCAGGAAUCGAACCCAGGCUCUUCAUUACAGUACCUCGUUUUUUUUCAUUCCAUAUGUGUGUGUGUGUAUAUAUGUAUAUACACACAUGCAUACACACACACACACACACACAUAUGAUUUAUUUAUUUUAUUUGAAAGAGUUACACAGAGAAGGAGAGGCAGAGAGAGAGGUCUUCCAUCUGCUGGUUCACUCCCCAGUUGGCCACAACAGCAGGAGCUGUGCCGAUCCAAAGCCAGGAGCCAGGAGCUUCCUCUGGGUCCUCCAUGUGGGUGCAGGGGUCCAAGGACUUGGGCCAUCUUCCACUGCCUUCCCAGGCCAUUGCAGAGAGCUGGAUCGGAAGUGGAGCAGCCAAGACUUGAACUAGUGCCCAUAUGGGAUGCCGGCACUGCAGGUGGCAGCCUUAGCCGCUACGCCACAGUGCUGGCCCCCUCCAUAUAUGUCUUUUUUAAAGACUAAUUGAUUUGAAAGUUACAGAGGGAGAUAUCUUACCCACUGCUUCAUUCCCCAAAUGGUCUCAAUGGCUGGAGCUGGGCCAGGCCGAAGCCAGGAGCCUGGAGCUCCAUCCAGAUCUCCCACGUGGGGCAGGGGCCCAGGGACUUGGGCCAAGUACAUUAGAGGGUGCCCAUAUGGGAUGCUGUUGUCACAGCGGUGACUUAGCCACUACGCCGCAGUGCUGGCCCCUCAUCCACGCAGUGUUACUCUGCCUCUCCUUUCUUCCCGUUCUGAAGACUGGACACCUGCGUGUCAGGAGGACUCGCUUGGCCGUGCAGGCUGUUCACUGCCUGACAGCGCCGAGCCGGCACAGUUAUGCCCUCCCGGGAGGCCGACGUUCCCCAGGAGGAACGGGAGGAAAUGACCAGAUUUCAGGAGGCGGUGACGUUCAAGGACGUGGCCGUGGUCUUCACCAGGGAGGAGCUGCGGCUGCUGGACCUCACCCAGAGGGAGCUGUACCGGGCUGUGAUGCUGGAGAACUUCCGGAACCUGGUCGCAGUGGGGCACCUUCCCUUCAAAUCAGAUAUGGUGUCCCAGUUGGAAGCAGAAGAAAGACUUUGGAGGAAGGAAGCAGAGACCCAAGGAAGGGGACGCUCUGGCAAGAAUCAAAACGAAUUGGAGACUCUUCGAAGAUUGGCCGUAACAUACCUUUUACAUGAGGAGUUAUCCUGUUGGCAGAUCUGGAAGCAGGUUGCAAGUGAAUUAACCAGGUGUCUUCAGAGGAAGAGUUUCCAGUUAAUACAAGUUGAUUCCAUGCAGGUUUCUGGAAAUGAGAAUAAUACAAUGAGUCGUAAAGGAGAGAGCCCCAGUAAUAGUGAAAACCAAGGGUGUUCAGUUUUGAGGACUCAAGAUUCUUGCCAGAAUAGUUGUUGGAAUGCAGCACAGAAUCAGAGUAGAGGUAAGCAGAGUGACAAGCCAAGUGCCCUGCGUGUGUGUGGAGACUUCAUGGAGGAAUCUUCGUGUAGUGAGCAGAUUAACACUGCCGCUCAGUGGAAACCCUGCAAAGGUAAGGAAUGUGGCAGAGUUGGCAUCAGUGAUGACACGAGUCAGCAGCUGCCCGUAGGAGAAAAACCGCACCCAUGCCGUGAGUGUGGAAAGGGGUUCGGCUACGGCUCAGUGCAUCCCCUUCGCCAGAGUGUUCACCCCGGAGAGAAGUGCUUCAGCCAGAGUUCACGUCUGGAAAUUCAUCAGAGAACUCACUCAGGAGAGAGACCAAAUGAAUGUCGGGAACCUGCUGGUUGCCUCGGGGAGAACUCUUCUCACCCUCAUCAGGCGCAUCGUACAGGAGAGAGGUGCUACCGCUGUGACAGCUGUGGCAAGGGAUUCGGUAGCAGCACGGGGCUCGUCAUUCAUGACCGAACUCACACUGGAGAGUGUGGGAAAUGCUUUAGUCAGAGUUCAAAUUUUCAGUGCCAUCAGAGAGUCCCCACUGGAAAACCCUACAAAUGGGAAGAGUGCGGUGAGGGCUUCGGCUGGAGUGUUAACCUCCGUGUCCAUCAGAGGGUUCACAGGGGUGAGAAACCCUAUAAGUGUGAAGAGUGUGGAAGAGGCUUUACUCAGGCCGCACACUUUCACAUUCAUCAGAGAGUCCACACUGGGGAGAAGCCCUACAAAUACUUGUGUGGUAAGGGCUUCAGUCACAAUUCGCCAUUAACAUGCCACCGGAGAGUCCACACUGGAGAGAAACCCUACAGAUGUGAGGCGUGUGGGAAAGGCUUUACCCGGAAUACAGAUCUCCAUAUCCAUUUCCGAGUCCACACGGGAGAGAAGCCCUACAAAUGUGAGGAGUGUGGGAAGGGCUUCAGUCAGGCCUCCAAUCUCCAAGUCCAUCAGAAUGUCCACACCGGGCAGAAGCGAUUCAAAUGUGAAACGUGUGGGAAGGGCUUUAGUCAGUCCUCAAAGCUUCAAACCCACCAGAGAGUCCACACUGGGGAAAAACCAUACAGAUGUGGUGUGUGUGGGAAGGACUUCAGUUACAGUUCAAACCUGAAACUGCACCAGGUAAUCCACACUGGAGAAAAGCCGUAUCAAUGUGAGGAGUGUGGGAAGGGCUUCAGUUGGAGAUCAAACCUCCACGCUCACAGAGUCCACUCGGGAGAGAAGCCCUACAAAUGUGAGGAGUGUGCGAAGAGCUUCAGUCAGGCCACAGAUUUCCGGGCACACCAGCGAGUGCAUACUGGAGAGAAGCCGUACGCGUGUGGUGUGUGUGGCAAGGGCUUCAGUCAGUCCUCUGGGCUUCAGUCUCACCAGAGGGUCCACACUGGGGAGAAGCCAUACAAAUGUGACGUGUGUGGGAAGGGCUUUCGGUACAGCUCGCAGUCUAUACACCACCAGAGAGGCCACACUGGAGAAAAACCCUACAAAUGUGAGGAGUGUGUUGGUAGGAGCUUGAAUCUUCGCCAUCAUCAAAGGGUCCACACAGGAGAGAAACCCCACAAGUGUGAGGAGUGUGGGAAGGCCUUCAGUCUCCCCUCCAGUCUGCGAGUCCAUGUAAGUGUCCACACUAGGGAGAAACUCUUUACGUGUGAGGAGUGCGGUAGGGGCUUCAGUCAGAGUGCACGUCUUCAAGCCCAUCAAAGGCUCCACGCCGGAGAAAAACCGCACAGAUGUGAUACAUGUGGGAAGGCCUUCAGCCACCGCUCACGCCUUACGUACCACCAGAAAGUCCACACUUUCUGGCUAAAAGCUUUAGCAGUGAGAAAUGUGCUACUUGUGAGAGUGCACAUCUUCAUUUCUUUCUGGAGUCCAUGUGGCAAUCAACCCUGUACACCUGUUAACAGUGAAGGAAAUUCUGCAGACUCAGAAUUUCCCUAGUCAUUGAAGUGGUGACACGGAACCAGAGAAACAGGAAUAGAACUCUUACUUGAGAGAGGAGUAGAAAUUGGCCCUCUUGGUAAGAUUCAGUUAAUAGAAAUUGUAUUUCAAUGUGAAUAAUUCCUAAAGAUAGUAUGUGAAAGGAUGUUUUCCAUACACUGACUAAUUGGGUUUUUUUUUUUUUUAGUUUAUUUUGGUUAGGGAGAGUUGCAUUAUUUGUCCACUAAUUUUCCUUUUAUGUUUAGAGCAAUCAAUAUUUUUACUAAAUCUGGAAAGCUAUGAAAAAUGAAUAAAAUUGCUGACUAAAAAUUCAUGUAGCUAAGGACUCAUAAUAUUGUUUCAUAUUGCAUGUAAGGUUAAAAAUUAAGGGAUAGAUUCCACAGAGAUGAAUCUUUGAAUUUCAGAAGUAAAUAGGAGGCCAGCACAGUAGCACAGUAGGUUAAUCCUCCACCUGUGGUGCUGGCUUCCCAUAUGGGCACCGUUUCUAGUCCUGGCUGCUCCUCUUCCGAUCCAGGUCUCUGCUAUGGCCUGGGAAAGCAGUAUAAGAUGGCUCACGUCCUUGGUCCUCAGCACCCACAUGGGAGACUGGGAAAAAGCACCUGGCUCCUGGCUUAAAGGGAUUGGCACAGCUCUGGCCAUUGUGGCCAUUUGGGGAGUGAAACAAUGGAAGGAAGACCUCUCUGUCUCUCUGUAACUCUACCUCUCAAAUAAAUGAAUGAAAUCUUAAAAAUAAAAAGUAAGUAUAUUUAUGUAAUAUAAAGUAUGUCCAUUGCAUCAUUGUUUAAUGGCAAGUGUAGAAAUAACCAGAUUGCCAAAGUAUUUGAUGGUUUGCUAACACUGGAAUGCCAUGGAAACAUCACAUGGGAGAAGGUAAAUUUGUAGGAAUUGAGGUUGGAAGAUGUCAAGAAUAUAUUGACUUUAAGUCAGC